UGGGGAGAGCUGGGAACAGGGUACCUUCUGUUUCCACCUUGAGUAUGAGGUGGGGAGGGAUGGUGUCUUGGCUGAUCCCUGGCCACCUGGGCAAAGGGGUAAGACCUGAGGCUGCCCACAAAUGAUACGGUCGCAGAAUUGCUGUUUGGGUAGGUGGGCUGCCUCCCUAGCUCUCAUGUGUCCCCCAAGCCCCUCCACCUCUGUUGAAACCCUUAGGCCUCCCUCUUUCCCUUACGCUGGCUCACCUCCACUUGGAUGAUGUUCCAGUCUCUCUUGGACUCUGUCCCCUCCAAAACUGGCCACAACACCCUCUGUCCUCCAUCAGGGGGUCUGCCUCCUCCACAAAAUCUCAGCACUGAGUGUUCAGGCCACUUUGGUGGACCACAGAAGCUCUGGAAUUGGAAAAGCAGGGCCAUUCUGCCCAAAACUGGCCUGGGGAUAAUGUAAAGAAAAUUGCAUGAGAGGCCUAAACCAUGCCCCAGAAGAACAUUUCUUUUGCCCAUAAUGUACUUCAUCUGUACCCUUUCAAAUAUGAUCCCCACCCAUUUGGCUGCUGCUAAUGUUAAGGAGAAGGUGACCUCCAGCUUUCGUCUACCUGGACAUCACAGGGCAAAGCACCUGACUUCACACAGGAUUUGAGACUCGCAGUUUUUACAUAGGAGUUGCACUUAACUUCUAAAGUUCGUACUGCUUAACCAUGAAAUGGACAUCACGAGCCUCUCACAGGCUGUUAAAUGAGGACGUGAACAAAAGAACUGGGAUCCAUUGGUGCCACUGCACAGGGAUGCACCUGAUCCCCGAUUUCCCCAGCCCGCGCACACCAGCAACCGACAUAGCCUAGAGUCCAUGUGUGUACCCGACAGUCACACUGCCACCCCCAAGAUGCUAGUUCAGGCAAUGUUUUUCAUGAACAGAGUUGCAGGCUUCCUGGUAUAGCGCAGGCAGCAAUUGUUCACCUUGAGCUAGGUGUGGCCCCCGCGCAUGCCUGUUGCUGAAGCCCCAUCCCGCCUCCACACUGCGCAACAGUUGAGAAAAAGGCGCAUUGCACGCAUGCGCACUGCAGCGCCUUGCUCCCUCAGGUUUUUUUUUUCCCCCUAAACACGCACUGUCCAAGGCGCAUGCGCACAAAGGCAGGGAAGAUGGAGCCUGUGAAGGAGGACCUGCCCGAAUCCGCAGCGGAGGCUCAGGCGGCUGAAGGUAGUGGAGGGAAGAACAAGUCCUCAAAGAAGAAUGAAGACUUGGUGACAAUGGUGAAGAAGCUGCAGGAAGAUACUGAAAACAACACAUUCCUGGAGGGAAGCCUGGAGCCCCAGAUCAAAGAACUGAUAAACCGGAUUAAUGAACUUCAGCAAGCAAAGAAGAAAUCUACUGACGAGUUGGGAGAAACACGCGCCCUCUGGGAGGCCCUGCACAAAGAGUUGGACUCCUUGAGUGGAGAGAAAGCGCACCUAGAAGAGGUGUUGAGCAAAAAGCAAGAGGCACUGAGGAUCCUCCAGCUGCAUGGCCAGAGGAAGAAAAAUGAGGCUCAGAGGGAGAACACAAUGCAGGAGGAAACAUCUGCCCAUAACUCUGAGGUCCCAGAGAGUCACAGACAGAGGAAGCUGGGGUUGAACGUGGAAGAACUGGAGCAUUUGAUAGGCCAGCACAAGGACCUGUGGGAAUUCCACAUUCUCAAGCACCGACUGGCCUGGGAGAUCCAUACUCUGCAGGGCAGCAGGGAGCAACUGCUGGCUGAAGAGAAUGAGGCGCGGGCCAAGCUGCGGGAGGUGGAGCGGCGCCUGCGAGCGUUCCGUGAGGCCCCGGCCGCGCCGCGGGAGGCCCCAGCUGCGCCGCGCGAGGUCCCGGCCGAGCCCCGCAAGGGCCCGAGCGUGCCGUCCUGGAAGGAUGGGAUGAAGGCGGAGCUGGAUAAAUUCGAGGGGCAGGUCCUCGCCCAAACUCUGGGCGCCGCUGAGGGCAGGGCUGGUGAACGUAAGCUCCCGCAGGCCGAUCCCGAUCUCCCCGGUGCCGGUGCCGGAGCAAAGGACAAGGAGGCGCUGCCCCCAACUCUCCCCAAGGCCUAGAGGCCCCGCCCCACCCCGCCGCCUGACAGGCCCGCCGGAAAAUAAAGGCGAUUAUA